UGGGAAUGCAAUAUAUACAAGUGACACUAUGCUCCAUUCUUCCUGCUGAAUCUGCUUAAACUCAAAGGGGAUACAAGCAAAAUGUCUGAGAAAAAGAUGUCAUCAAGUCGCAAGCAUCAUCUAAAGAGUUUGAUGCUGUCCAUUGCUAAAGGUUUACUGGAACAGGAAGAAAAGGACAGAGAUGUGGAGAGGAAGAGAUAUAUGGCUGAGACCUGCCCAGCUCUGUCUCUUCCAGGAUCCAUGCAAGCUUUACAGGAAUUGUGCAGGGAACUUCACCACAAAAUCGAUGUCAUUGACGAGGAGAGAUACGAUCUGGAAAUAAAAAUGAACAAGUGUGCAAAGGAGGGAAAAUUCAAGAAGCCAACUUUGAGGAAGGUGCGCAUGUCUGCCGACGCAAUGCUUCAAGCUCUGCUCGGCUCCAAACACAAGGUGUCUCUGGAUUUGAGGGCCAGCUUGAAACAAGUCAAGAAGGAGGUCAAAGAGGAGGAUAAGGAACUGCGUAAUGUUGGUGACUGGCGCAAGAACAUCGAAGAUAAGGCUGGCAUGGAUGGCAGAAAGAAGAUGUUUGAAACGGAGUCUUAAUUUUAUUAGUUAUAAAGAAAUUUUAUUCUGCUCUGUAAACGGCCUUCCAAUUAGUCUCUAGCUUGUUUAUGGUUAUCACAUGUAUGAAAUGUAAACAUUUGUGUAAUUUAAAGCAUUCUGAGAGAAAGUGUUAACCAAAGUGAAUGUGCACCAAAUAUCAUAUCUGUUAAGAAUCCAAACCGAAAUGAGCAUGCUUAGGUAUAUGUACUGCUUUCUUACAC